CUGCGCCUGCGCCCCUGCGGCCGCCAGAGGGAAAGCUAAGGCGCCUGGGCGCGCAGCGAGCCGGCUGAGGGGGCUGUGGCGGCCGCGGCUGGCGACAUGGACAACGCGGGGAAGGAGCGUGAGGCGGUACAGCUGAUGGCGGAGGCCGAGAAGCGAGUCAAGGCCUCCCACUCCUUCCUCCGAGGGCUGUUUGGAGGAAACACAAGAAUAGAAGAGGCUUGUGAAAUGUAUACCAGAGCUGCAAAUAUGUUCAAGAUGGCUAAAAAUUGGAGUGCUGCAGGAAACGCAUUUUGUCAGGCAGCCAAGCUCCACAUGCAGCUUCAGAGCAAACAUGACUCCGCUACCAGCUUUGUGGAUGCUGGAAAUGCUUACAAAAAGGCAGAUCCCCAAGACAAGAAGACAGCCUCACCUGAACCCUCUUUGACUGAAUGGAUUUUUUCGUUGUUUUUCUUAAAUGCCUACGCUUCAGAGGCUAUCAACUGCUUAAAUGCAGCCAUCGACAUUUACACAGACAUGGGAAGGUUUACAAUUGCAGCCAAGCACCACAUUACUAUUGCAGAGAUCUAUGAGACUGAACUUGUAGACAUUGAGAAGGCUAUUGCACAUUAUGAACAAUCUGCUGAUUAUUACAAAGGAGAAGAAUCCAAUAGCUCAGCAAACAAGUGUCUGCUGAAGGUGGCAGCAUAUGCUGCCCAGCUUGAGCAAUACCAGAAAGCCAUUGAGAUCUAUGAGCAGGUUGGGGCAAACACCAUGGAUAAUCCUUUGUUGAAGUACAGUGCAAAGGAUUACUUCUUCAAAGCUGCCCUCUGCCACUUCAUAGUAGACGAGUUGAAUGCCAAGCUUGCUCUUGAGAAAUAUGAGGAAAUGUUUCCAGCGUUUACUGAUUCAAGAGAAUGUAAAUUAUUGAAAAAACUCCUAGAAGCUCAUGAAGAACAGAACAGUGAAGCUUACACUGAAGCAGUGAAGGAAUUUGACUCAAUAUCUCGUUUGGAUCAGUGGCUGACCACCAUGUUACUUCGCAUCAAAAAGUCCAUCCAAGGGGAUGGAGAAGGCGAUGGAGACCUAAAAUGAAAUGUUUUUGUCUUUGUGGCAUGCAGCUAACUCCUCUGUAGUUUUGUCUUAGGGUCAAGUGAUCUUUAUGGGAUGCCCAUUUAAUGGCUUAAUUUUGUUGCAUACGAGCCAGACAGCCUGGGUAUUGUUUAAGCUCCCCGAGUCUGUGUUGCUGUGAAAUGGAUGAAGGGGAGGCUCCUGUUCAUCUUGUGGUAAUGAUGGGUUGUUUCAUGCUUAUCAGAACCCCCAGCGUUUUCUGAGAAGUACUUCAGAAUCUCAUUCCUCAUAUUUCAUUGGUAUUUGUGGAGCCUAUUUUUAAUGUUGCCACGUGUUUUUAUGUCCUUUUUGUUAGACUUGAGUACUCAGCCCAGUUGUUCUCAUAGAUGCUUUGCAUUUUCUCUGUGCUUUGGCAUCUGGAUAUGUUCUUUAAAUGUGUGUUUAGUUUAGGACAGUUACUAGGAAUGAGUUUAUAACUUUAUUAGAAAUCACUUCUAUUUUUGUUAUCCUGUGAUUAUUUUGAUGGUGCUAGUGACUAAUUUAUUUGCUUUUUGUGUUGUUCUGUAUGCUAACAUGUGCAUGGCAAAAAUUUAGAAUAGCCAGGGUCUGUAGGCAUCACAUUGUGAGCAAAGGAGCUUUCUGGAAGUACUUGCUUCAUGUAUGGAUGAGUGUCAAAGUGAAUUUGAUUUGUACUUACACACACACACACACACACACACACACACCACAAGAUCUAUUAGAAAUGAAAUUUUUCUCUUUUUCUGGAGAUAGUUUUCACUUCUAGUUGGAGUGGAAAUCCCUUUAUAUUUGCAUUAAAGUAUUUUAAUUGGCACAGCCUGCUCAUUAUUUUCAUGUUUAUACACUUUCCCACAUUGAGGUGGUGUGUUCUGUGCUAUGGCUAUAGAAAUCUUGGUCAGGGCUGGAUAGAUGAUCUAAGUCACACUUGAGAAUGAAUGUAUGCAAUUUUCCUGUUUAUUGCACAUGAUGGGUUAGGUGGGGUAAAUGUGGUACAGGAAUGUACUGUAUGCCCAAGUGGGCAAGAACCCCAACUUGUUUCUCAGGGGACUUGAUUGUUCUCUUAGCUGGUGGAAUAUUUUGGCUUAUGUGUUUGAACUCUGUCAUGUUUAAUUGGUUUAUAUAUGUAUGCUAUCUUGAUUCAUGAACUUGAUUCUAUUAUUUUAUAUGCUGAUAUUUAGACAUACUCUUGUCUCCUGAAUGUCCUCUGCAUAUUUUAUAGUGAAAUGAUUUAUAUUUGAAAUGUGUUUGUUGCCAUACUUAACCCAGCAGACACUCUGAUAUCAUGGAGCUUCACUGAUGACAGAUAACGAAACUUCCUAUGUUAUGUCAGGUAGUAGUAAGUAGUGUUGGAAUGAUGUUUUCAUUUUUGAUGGCUCUCAACUGGAAUUGGUAGGAUUUUAUUGGGCUGAAGUACAGUGAGUGUUUCCAGGCCAAGGGUCAAGUGCAGGUUGUUUGAGAAAUGAUGAGUAGGUCCGUCUAGGAAGAAAGAGAAAGCAUCAGGAAAGGAAGUGGGAAGGGCCAGCCGAGGACAGAUUGUAGAGGAUCCACAUCAGAUGGCCACGAGGACUUGCAGGCUAUAGUUAUGGUGGUGACAUGCAUGAGGUGGGCUGGUAGAGCAGGAAGCUCUGUGAUGUCAGAGCAUCCAUUGGGGGUGGCGAUGAAGAUGCUCUGUCUGUGGGCCCUAGAAUUUAAUGUGGAUUUCCUCCUUCCUUCCAAGUUCUGAGAUUCUUAAAUGAGAGCUGGCUGUCUCUAGAGGUAAGACCUGGAAUGGAGUCCCAGUUGGUACUUUUUCACUCCCUCUUAGAAUCUCUUAUGAAAAAAUGAUCAGAAGGGAAAGUGGGGUUUCCCUAGCUAAUAAUAUAUCCUACAACCAGCCAAAUGCACUUUUGUGAAAAUAGGGUGUGAGGAGUGGUUCUGCAGCUUGAGUCCUCUGGUUUUAAGUAGUUUGUUUCUACUUGUUUAAAGAAUCUUCUGGUCUAACCACUUAAAGUAAAAACCAAAUGAUUUAUUUUAGGGCAACUAUGUUUAGCUUUCAUCAUGAUACUCCAACAGACCCCUGUUGGAAGGGGUAUGUUUUUUUAACAAUAGUGUUUGUAACAUUUUGUUGUGUCAAUUAGAGGGUCACUUGUUUGUAUUGCAAACUGGGACCAGUUCUGGGGUUAAGAAUCAAUUUUUGUUUUUAAUAUUUCACAUAAAAAGAAUCAGAGUAACUAAUGGCUAGAAGAGACCUGCCAGAAGAUAAAAAAAAGAAUGAGAAAAAGCCCAGUCAGUGGUGUGCAAACUUACUUCCUUUAAAUGUCCCAUGGAUGUAGGACAGUGACUUGUUUCAAGAUGCCUGUGAGCUAGGUCUUCAAGAUGUAUAGAAUGUUACUUAUGAACAAAAUAUAAUUAUUUAUGGUAAAUUCUUGUACUUUAGCAAAUCUGGAGUUAGUUCAUAGUCAAAGUCAAUUAAUAUUUCUUACAGGAAAGUUUUGCUUUUUGUGGCAACAUUUUUAUAGCUUGUGUGAGUUCCUUUUUUUAUUUAAUGAUUUGAAAGCAGUAUUUUUGCAGUCGUGACCAUGUGUGGUGGCGUCACUGUAACCAAAGUAUAUGCACCAGCCCUUGUGCAUUUAUUGUUUCUCCUGAUUUUGUGCAUUUAAAUGUCCAAAUGCAAACCUUUGUGACUUCCUUUGGAGGACUUGGCAGCACAGCAUGCUCCCGUGACCUGCCUGCUGUGGUAUGAGCUGUGACCAAGAGCAGGCUUCCUGCUCCAUGGAGUCCUGAGUUGCUCUGGGAUAGGGGAUGACAUUAUGAAAACUAACCAUGUGUAACAAUAAAUCUACCUUAGCAGAAAAA